CACGCCAGCGAUGUAUGCAGCAAAGAAGGGCAAUAAGAAAGUUGUUGAUCUACUGGUGAGCAAAGGAUGCAACUUGUCGGUAGUGGAUAAUCUAGGUGGAAACAUUCUACAUGCUGCAUGUUUAGGUGACAAUGAAGACAUUGUUAAGGAUCUUCUCUCGCGUGGGAUAGCUGACAUAGAUAGCAGAGAUAAUCAAGGAAGGACACCAGCGAUGUAUGCAGCAGCGAAGGGCUAUAAGAAAGUUGUUGAUCUACUGGUGAGCAAAGGAUGCAACUUGUCGGUAGUGGAUGAUCCCGGUAGAAACGUUCUACAUGUUGCAUGUUUAGGUGACAAUGAAGACAUUGUUAAGGAUGUUCUCUCGCGUGGGAUAGCUGACAUAGAUAGCAGAGAUGAUCAAGGAAGGACACCAGUGAUGUAUGCAGCAAAGAAGGGCAAUAAGAAAGUUGUUGAUCUACUGGUGAGCAAAGGAUGCAACUUGUAGAUAGUGGAUA